ACUCCGGGCUCCUGUCAACCCUCUCAAACCUCGCGUGGAUGAAGGCCGUCAUUCCAACUUGGAUCCUCGAGUUCCGUCAACUGCGAGUCGCGCAGUCGGAGUGACAUGACUGACGCCGUUUAGCCAGCGGCAUGAAAUCUACUCCGAGUGGGCGGUCCCUGCUACCCCUCGACGACCCACAACGUACCUGAGCCCUGCUAUCUACGUCAGUUUAUUACUCCGAAUACCGGUCAUUGCCAACAUAGGUUCAUUUGGAACCAUUCUUUCUGCUAUAAGAUAAGACCACGACUAUUAGGUCGCACGCGCCGUCGAAGUUGAUCAACCAAGCCCGCCUCGACCACUCUUAGUUCUCAUACUAUCGCAUCAUGAAGCACGAACGCGCUUCCCUCCCGACACCUACGUCAACCCACUCAUUUUGGCAUAGCGAGCCAAACGAGUUCCUACUUGGCCACCGCACUACGCCAGAACUUCCCGCAGAAGCAGAUAUCAUUAUUGUAGGCAGUGGGAUAACAGGAACCUCUGCUGCGAGAUACCUUGCAGAGGAUGAGCGAGCGAAUGGCAAGAGCAUCGUAGUACUUGAAGCUAGAGAGGCAUGUUGGGGUGCUACUGGUAGGAAUGGUGGACACUGUCAACCCCUUCUUUUCGACCGAACCCCUGAUGUUGCUGAAUUCGAACUGAAGAACGUCGCUACAGUACGAUCCUACAUCAAAUCGAACAACGUCCCGUGCGAAUGGCGCGAUGUAUCCGGCUGUCGCAGCUUCUGGACCGAAGAGGCGAUGAAGGAGGCCGAAAAAGAAAUUGAACAUCUCAAACGCAUAGCACCAGAGAUCGCCCGCCAUGUUACAACGCUGAAGGACAAGGAGGAGCUGAAGAAGCACCGCGUUGCACCCGAUUGUGUCGGAGCGACUCUGAGUGCGGGAGCUGCGAGUCUGUGGCCGUACAAGCUGGUAACCUUCAUACUGAAGAAGCUCGUUACGGAUGGACGUAUCAAUCUCCAAACCACGACACCAGUGACCGAAGUCACCUCUUCAGAUGGAAAGCACACGCUUCACACCCCGCGCGGCACCAUCAGCAGCAAGACCGUCAUCCUUGCGACAAACGGCUACACAUCUGCGCUUCUCCCACACUUCGCCGACCUCAUCGUCCCCGUCCGCGGCGAAAUGUCUGCUCUCUUCCCCCCUAAGAACUGCACACUCUUACCAGACUCCUACGGCAUGGUUGCAGCGCUAGGCCAAAAUGCCAACAGUGAUGACUACCUUAUUCAACGGCCGUUCGAAGGUGUGCCAAAUCCCGCGGGCCAUCUGAUGUUUGGCGGCGGCCGCGGAUAUGGGAAGCUGCCGAGUAUAGGUGUGUCAGAUGAUACUGUUAUCGACGAGGCCGCAGCAAAGUAUCUCCGCGGUGCGCUGUUGAAGGUGCUGGAGUUGGAUGGUGAGACGGAAGGGGUUGAGGAACUCAAACCUGCGGCACAGUGGACGGGUAUCAUGGGCUAUAGUCGUGAUGAUCAUCCCUGGGUCGGUAAGGUGCCUGAUAAAGAGGGCUUGUGGCUAUGUGGUGGCUAUACGGGGCAUGGAAUGCCAAACGGCACGCUUUGUGGGAAAGUGGUUGUUGAUAUGGUGCUUGGUGAACAAUCUGGAGAGGACCUGAGUGCGUUGCACGAGCAGAUGGUCAAGAAGGGCGAUAUCCCGAGGAGUUACAUUCUAACUCAAGAGCGGAUUGACAAGGCGAGGGGGCUUCUCACGGUACGGCAGCAGGAUGCUCAGGGCGUGCGUAUGAUUAGUGUUGUAUAGAUGUCCUUACAGUAGAUCACUAACUCAGUACUCGGUACAUAAUCUGCAACUGUAUGGAAGACAGCAAAGCGUAAUUCGAAUAUUACAACUCUCGGCCGUGGAUUCAUGUAUCCGGCCGCGUUUAUACCUCGCG